GUAAUUCAGCAAGUAUAAGAGGUGUGUGUUUUGAUCUGUUGGUGGUGUUUGAAUUGUAUGGUGGCUUGUAUAGGAGGCCAUUUUGAGUAGUUCAGUGGAGCACAGGUAAUAUAGAACACAGCAUAAUGUCCGACCAAGCACAGCCAUCUGGUGUUGUGGAUGCCGCUGAACGUGUUGGAAGUGAGGAGCCGAACGAGCUGAGCCGGUACAUCACGGGCACUGACAUUGCACGCUCCAUCAUUGGCAUUGAUCAGCUGACCAAGAACUACACACAGACGAGGAAUGACGAGGAGUCUGGUGCUGAGAGCAGCGACAGUACGAGCAAUGAGAAGGCCACUGGUGCAACGCCUAGCACUGGUAAUGCUGGAGAUGGAGCUGCUGUUGCUACUGGAGAGGGGCACCGUGGUGCCCCUGCACAGAGAGUCAGCAUGUUUGAUCCGUCAGUGAAGCAGCUUCGAAUCAAAGUGGCUGUGAAGUUCAUCAUGGUGUGGUUUAUCAUUGGAUGCCUGAUCAUUGCCAGUUUCUCGCUUUACUGGGGGUCCUUGUACAACAGACAGUCGCACCUGGUGAAGGUGAAGAUGCUCGUGGUGAUUGAGGAUGACUACAUGACAGGCGUGAACCAAACCAUCGGAGAGGCAUACAUGGACAUCAUCAAUACAUCGCUCAAACAUAAGGGUGACUGGACGAUUCUCAACGGAACUCAAGAGAUUGAUGAGUUCUUUGGACCUUAUACCAACUUGACUGCUGAAAUCAUAGAAAGAGUGCACCAUCGUGAAUAUUGGACUGCUACUCAUGUGUCUGCGAAUGCCACUCUAGGGCUUCUCAACUACUACAACGGCGAGCUGGCUACAAAGCCUAUGCAAGUGCAAUAUGUCUAUGAGAGUGGCAGAGACCCCACUGGUAUGUCAACCAUUCUUGCAGUAAUUGAGGAACUCACACAGUUAUUCGAAAGCACGGUAUUCCCAACGCUUCUAUCGGAGUUGCUCAGCAUGCUGUCGAGCGAACAACUCUUGACGUUUAUGAGUGCCAGUACAGUGAGUGUUAACCCAUACUUUGGCGAAUUGGAUUAUCGUCCUUUCUACAACUCCAUUCUUUUAGCUCCGUUACAGGUUGGUCUCAUUUUCCUUCUCAUCAGCUCUUUCAUUCUCUUCAACUUCUUUGGCCAGGUGCACGCGAUACUGUUGCCUCACGUCAAGAUCCCACAUUAUAUGCUCUACAGGUUUCUUGGUAACCACAUAUCCUAUCUAGUGCUAUCGUUAUUCAUCUGCACAGUGAGUGCUAUAUUCCAGAUCGAUUUUACCCUGGCCUUUGGAAGAGCAGGGUUUGUCAUCUUUUGGUUCUCAACAUACCUCACAAUGGCAGCAGUUGGUGGUGCCAACGAUAACGUGUGCAUGGUGAUAUUUGCCCACAACCCACCGUUCUUGGGUGUCUGGCUGAUCUCGUUCGUCAUCAUGAACGUUUCACCGAGUUUCUCAGCUAUGGCACUGACAAAUAACUUUUACCGGUAUGGCUACGCCAUGCCGAUGCACCAGGCCAACGAGAUCUUUAAGGUGAUCUUCCUAGACCUUUGGAAGGGCAAUCUGGGGCGAAACUACGGUAUCUUGGUGGUAUGGAUCGUGCUGAACACUGUGAUCAAUCCGUUUGUACUCAAGCACGUCGGUUCAGUGAUGGCCAAGAGAGCAGCAGCGGAAGCAAGAGCAAAGGCCAAUUGAUACUGGAUGACAGACAAAGCCAACCAAAACAGGAAAGAACACGACUGAGAGCUGAAUGCAGACCCACUAGAACGAACACUCUAAUGCCUAAUUGGGGUGUCUACCCACCAUGUCCAUCAGCAACACUCCAGUGUUGCUCAAGAGAUAUUUUUCGUUGUUACUGCCUUUCCCAUUUAAGCUUGAACCGAUGUACAUAUUCAAAACAAAGC